CUAGGGUCUACAUGCUUACUGAAGACGUUCUUCCGUGUUUCACAAUCACACCUCCUAUGACAAGAACUUUCUUGCAUUAUCGACGCACUGCACAUUCACGACAAGCACAACAGAAGAUUUUCGUAUUUCGUAUUUCGUCGGUUUCAAAACUAUCGUGACUAAUUAUCCUAAGACUAACCUGACAGUCACAGCUUCAACCUACUUCAUAAUCCUCAUCUACUUAAGGAACUAGAUUAUAAGCGUUCAACGAACCAGGUAAUCCUAGGUAACCUCUAAAAGCAAUACCACUCGUACCUCAACAAGAUGUGUCGUUUUCGAGCACGUGGUGCAUCACCAAAGCUUUUUGCGGUCUUGACCAUGAUUUCCCUGUUCUGCGAAGUUUUUGUUCAUUCGGUCGGCUGGCUAAGGAGAGCAGAGGCAGGAUGGAACGUUUUCCUUCAGAUUCUUAUGGGAUUUUUGAAUUUUUGUCUGAUGUUUGGGUUUGAGGUUUUUGAAUUUUUCUUUUUGUCGUCACGAAUUUUUUGAUUUGAUUCUUGAACAUCUUGUUUCCCCGCGUCCUCCUAGGUACUUUCGAAUCAAUCGAUUCUUGAAGAUCUUGUUUCCCCGCGUCCUCCUACGCACUUUCCUUCAUUUCUCGAACGUGGGACUGUUGGGGCAUUCGCGGAUACGAUUGGGUUUCCUACUUCGCGACCACGAGGAACCUGUUGCAUUACUAUCAAAGCGAAACCCUCAUGAAUAUUGCGUGCACGUCACCGAUAUGCAUGUGGUAUCGGAGCAAGCAUCAGAAGUUUCUACAUUUAGGGCUUUCGCAUGAAGUCACCUGUAACCCGGCUAGUCAUUUCCCUUGAUGGUUCGAAUAUUGUUUUUGUUAGUCUCUGUCCACAACGAAGGAUUAUAGUUUUGGUAACAAUCUGUAUAGAGAUACUAACUUUAUAUUCCACACAGUCUGUCAGCUACAACCUCACACAACCUUUAGCAAGCGCUAAUACUCCUCGCAAUGUUUGGAUACGCGGCAGGUGGGAUGAUGUUGGGAGUGACACUUAUGAUGCUCCGCGCUUUUCUCUGGACCAUGUCCUUCUCACCUAGGGAACUGCGCUACUCUUUUGUGACGACCUUCGUGGCGAUGCACCUGCUGGUAUUUUUGAAUUGUAGUUUGGAGAUUACUUCUGUAAAAGUUCCAGAAGACACUCAGCGCAACGACGGCAGUUCUCCCACACUAUACUCUGGAGGAAAAACAUUUACAUGAUAAACUUCUAGUCUUGCACUACAUCACGACUUCAUGAAUAAUAGGGUUUUUAGUAGUUUCUCUCAUUCUAGUACUUCAGCUUCAAUCAGGUGAUAUAACUUACUACAUACUUAUGUCGCUUCUGAUAAACACCUCAGGUGGUAGUGAUAUAACUUACUACAUAUGUUCUUCUGCGUUAAUCCGCUUGAGAAUGCAGCUAAACACUGCGGAUGUCGGAUCACAUCCUAAUCCUAAUCCAAACACCUCAGGUGAUAGUCCAUGUCGUAUUCGAUAUGGGCAUGGAGCAUGUAUACGUGGACCUAAACGAACAACACCACUAUCCCAAUCCGCCUUACGGUCUUGGGACCUACAUGCUCUGGGGAUGGAUGGGCCUUACCUUUCUGCGGUUGCUGGUGAGUGUUAUGGCCACUGAAUUAGACUGUGUCUGCGAUAUUAGACUGUGUCUGCGAUAUUAUAGGCAGAUCUUCUGUACAACUUACACGAUAGUGUGCAUCCUAUCUACAACUUACACGCAUUGACGAAUCUGGGACGAUAUAGGAUGCACUAUGACAAGACCUUAAUACAGCACUGUUGCAGUAAAAGUAAUAAGACUUCUGUCUCGUUCAUCAUCUCGUAUGAUGGGUAAUAUAACGUGGGGAAACUCUUAACGUAGGGACGAAACUCUUCUAAAAUCGGAUUCCUUUUUGCAAAAAGUCGAGAGUUCGAGCAUGACGAGACAAGCAGCGACGAUUCUAGUGAUGAUGCGGACGAGGUGAGGAGGGCCAAAGAUAAUUUCAAGUUAUGAUCAUCAACACAGCGACGGUCGGUUCAUCAUGUUGAAGUUAUAAUCUUCUGAAAUAAUACUCGAAUACUCAAAAUAAGCGAGUAAGUAACACAAUAACCUCCGAGUAUCUGAGAAGAUUAUUAUCGUCUGGGAUACUCGGUUAUUUCAGUUUCUCGAUUAAUUGCUUAGGCAUGUAGCUUGCUGCAUCUGCACGUACAGAAGUUGUAGAAAAAAAUUCGCUUUUCGCUUUGUAUCAUGAAGAGGUAGGUUGUUUGAUAUGAUAGAUCUAACCGCAGGCAUGAAAGGGAUGCGCGUGGCACCUGACAAGGGUGUAGGCAAGAUGAACGUGAUGAGGAAAGGAAAGAAAUAAAUGGCAUCAAGACUGGUGGACUUCCUCGCGCGCUCGUUUUUUUGUCCAAAUUUUUUUUGAUUUGCGGCUCUCUGGCUAAGAUGGUUUAGAACGAGUAAAUGCAGCCGACCGGGACCACGUGACGGACAUCUCAUUUUGCGGACCCGCCUUCUCCUACACGCUGAUGAGCGGCUACGAUUGACCAAUAAAGGAGCAGUCGAGGACAUCACGGGCACGCUCGCGGAUGCCGGAAGCCGACGGAAGAUAUACAGGAUGCAGUUGGCGAAUGCACGUCCUCCGAUUGAAACAGGCAUCAAGAAGUAAUCAUCUUCAUCAAUAGAUGAAAGAAAGGAGCUGUAGUUGUCGUGCUAUAGAACAGUACUUCUUGGUUGGCAUUUUUCCAAGAAAUUUCUGACUUGAAGUAGCUAGUACAAUUCGUUGUCCUAGUGGAUAUGAUGAUCACCUG